AUGCUUCAAACUGAGGUGCAGGCAGGCAGGGUUGCUGGUCCCUUUCAAACUCCACCAUUUAACAAUUUGCGUAUUUCUCCUUUAGGACUAGUGCCCAAGAAACAACCUAACAAGUUUCGUUUAAUCUACCACUUAUCUUGUCCAUCAGGCUCAUCAAUAAACAAUGGUAUUUCAGCCGAGUUGGCAACGGUUCAGUAUGCCAAUAUUGAUGAUGCAGUUAAGAUUAUUAAGGAUCUGGGUCCAGGCUGUUUCUUGGCUAAAAGUGACAUCAAAUCAGCAUUUAGAAUUAUUCCAGUAGCUCCACAUGACCAUUGCUUGUUGGGUUUCAGGUGGGAUGAUCAUUUCUUUUUUGAUAGAUGUCUCCCAAUGGGGUGCUCAACAUCAUGCCACAUUUUUGAACGUUUUAGUUCAGCUUUAGAGUGGAUUUUGCUUAAAGUUGUGGGCGUUGAGGCAACUAUUCACAUUUUGGAUGAUUUCUUAUUUCUGGCACGAACUAGGGAGCGCUGUUUUUCGGAAUUGCAGGCUUUUUUGGAUUUGUGUGCUGACCUUGGGGUUCCUAUUGCACAGGAAAAGACUAUGGGACCCAACACUUCCAUGGUGUUUGCAGGUAUUAAGUUAGACACUGUCCAAGGCGAGUGUCGACUGCCACAGGAUAAACUGUUGUGUUGCCGUAGCUUGAUUGAUACUUUCUUAGUAAGGAAAAAGGUGAUGCUCAAUGAAAUUCAGUCUUUGGUGGGGACCUUAAAUUUUGCAUGCAUCGUGGUGGUUCCAGGCCGGGCAUUUUUGCGUAGGUUAAUUGAUUUGACAAAAGGGAUAAAGAAACCAAAUUUUUAUAUCCGGUUGACCAAAGAGGUUAAAGCAGACCUUCUUGUGUGGAAGCAGUUUUUGGAUAGUUAUGAUGG